AUGGAUCAACUCACCGGAAAUGAAUCGCAUCUGGAAGAGGAUCAUGCAUGCGCAGGUUGCGGACUCUUCAACGACAGUAGCAGCUCGCAAAUACUCGCCUUGGUGCCUCUCUCCACCGGGCUUGCUGGCGCUUUAGGAAAUAUAGGCGUUCUAGUCAUUCUGCUCUCCACCUCUUCUCUUCAGCCCUUUCAGCACCCCAGCAACCAACCCCUAUUCAUGCUGAGCCUUGGCUUCUCAGACCUAGCCUCCGCUCUCUGUUUUCUCUUCUUUAAUACCCGCUAUGCUCUGCUGGGUCGCGGACCGGCAAAUCGCUGGGAGCUGGAUAUCGGCGCUGGUCUGCUCUACUGCCUCCUCAAUAUCAGUCUCUUCAGCACUAUCUGUAUCGGGCUGGACAAACUGGUCCACGUGACCAAACCGUUUGCCUACGCAAACUACUGGACACCCCGGAGGUGCGCCGGAUUCAUCAUCGGCUACUGGCUCCUCUCGCCCAUCCCGGCCAUCUUACCCUCGCAACUGGCCGCCAUUCCACACUACUUUUACAAGUUUGACAGUGGUACGCUCACCUUCCUGACCGUCCACGACUCCAAGGUCUCCACCCUCUUCGUUUGGCGGGCCGUCCUCUUCCUCUUUCUGGUCCUCCUCUUCCUAAUCGGCUAUCUGGGUCUGUGCAUAAUUAUUCGACGGUUUACCACACCGCCCGUACUGUUGUCACGGGAAAGCUCUAGACCUCAUCCACCUCAGCCACCACAGCCACAUUCCUCCGGCAUCGAGAAAGAUACAUGCGUGUACAGUCGAAAGGCCCUGGCGCAGCGACCCUCAGUCAGCCUGAAAGGUACAAAAACCAUCGGCCUGGUCAUUAUGGCCUUCUCUAUGCUGUGGUUUCCGUACUUUGUGUUUCUCCUGAUGGACGCCUACCAGGUCACCCUUGCGGCACAGGAUCCUCGGGCUAGAAGGAACGAACUGAGCGUUUGUGCCAUCAGCCGACGGGUUAAGCAGAUCAACGGCAAAUAUUACAAUUCCGAGAGCACCAGCGUCACGGACACAGAUCAGGAUAACAGUCUUGCGAGCUGA